AUGUCGCCUAAGAAGCAGUCAACUUCAAAGACCAGCUAUGCGCCCGAGCGCGACUUCACAGAAGCUCUGGCCCCUGCGGUCCCACACCUGGCGCGCAUCCCCUCACCAGCGCGCUUCUCCCUGGUUGUCCUGACUAGUCUCAUCGUGAGCUCAGUUUCGUUUACUCUAACCUCCGACCUUACCGUUGGUGAUCUUGGACUGGUCAGCAAGCACUUGGAGGAGUGGUGGGAAGUGGGCGGGCUCGUGGCCUGGAAAGCUGUGGAGAUCGGACUAGCUUGGGUGCUGGGAUUCGAUAGCUGGGAUGUUGCCUCGUUUCUUUACAUAACUCACCUUCCCACCUACUCGCUCUUGACAUACUUCUACGGUGUCCGGCCGACAUCCACGAUCAUAUCCUACGCGAUCACAGUUCUUUCAACAGUGAUUCCUUUCUUCUUCCUUCGUCGCCCCACAUCGGUCCAUGACUUAUCGCACGCACCUUCCGGCGCAGUGGCCAACCGAUCUAUCUUACAAGAUCGCCCCACUACAAUCUACACUACACUUGCCGCGACCUCGAUUUUCACCGUUGUAUUGUAUGCCAGCUAUGCAUCCUGGCUCCCCGCCCAGUUGGUCGUGCACUUUGAGAGUAUUCCCGACAUUAGCGCUGCGCAUGCAGGUCCUGCCGGGCUCCCCGCUCUCUUCUUGACCCUCAUUCCCACCGGCUAUGCCGUGCGCGACUUCCUUUUCGUCAGCUCCACGGGUCACGCGACAAAUGUGCAAUCGGAUCCUACAGACCUGGAAGGAGAAUUAUUGAUCUCAGCCGUUUACCGCAAGACUUGGUGCCAGCUGUCGGCCAAGACUCGAAUUCUUACUUCCCGGACUCUUGUGCUUGCUGCUGGUGUGUUGCUCAAUACGGUUGUGCAGGUGGCAGGUACAAUCGACUGUGUCUCUGUUGAGGGAGCGUCGCUUUGGGGUGCGGUCUGGACGUUCGCGACAUUGGCUGUGGGUGCGGUCUUUGGCUGGAUUGAAGCCGUUGAUGGUGUAUGA